UCUGUCACGUGAAAAAGAAAUGAAAAUUACUUAAUUAAUUGAAGCACGUACAUUCACCAUCCGAAUAUUUAUCUCUUCCGAGAGGCUCAUGUCUCGCCACCUGCUCUUGUCUGUUGAGUGUUUGUAACAUCUCUAGAGCUUCGUAGAAACAAAGGACAUCGAAGCUGCAAGGUAAGUGUGAAGAAAUGGCACUCAUCAUCUCUACAAACACUAAUGAAUGGCCACAGAUUGAUGAUCAGAACUUGAUGGCAUCAACAAAUAUGGGUGGAGACAAACCAACACAAGAACAAAUCCAACAGCAACAAAACCUAGCACUAAAAUGUCCUCGCUGUGAUUCGGCAAACACUAAGUUCUGCUACUAUAAUAACUACAGCUUGUCUCAGCCGAGGCACUUCUGUAAGGCUUGCAAACGUUACUGGACUCGCGGAGGAACCCUAAGGAAUGUUCCGGUUGGGGGAGGUUGUAGGAAGAACAAGAGGGUUAAAAGGCCUGCGGCGGCUGCCAGUUCUACCCCGGUGGCUGUGGACUUGUCUAAUAAUUCAGCUAAAUCAGCUCCAAUAUCUGCUAUAAAUUCUUCCAAUCCCUUGUUUUACCAUGGCUUGCAGCACAAUAAUCUGAACCCUAAUUCUUCAGAGCUCAAUCUUUCUUUUAAUUCUAGGGUUGAUCAUGGAGGUAAUAAUUCGUUGUUCGAAUAUGAUCUUCAACCUCAGAUUAGUUCCUUAGGGUUUUCAUCUUCUGGACAAAUAAUGGGGGGUGAUCUUGUUCCGAAAUCAAUGCUGUCAAGCUACCAUCACCUUCCGAAUUUUGGGUCUUUCAGCUCAAGUGUUUCGGCUUCUCCCUCAAUGGCUUCCCUUCUUUCGAACAUUCAACAGCAAAAGGUGUUGUCCAGUGGUGUUCUUGGAGAUACUAGAUCUGGAGGUAGCCAUUUCCUUGGAUUUUCUCAGUAUGAAGAUCAUAUGCAAAUGCAAGGAAGUCAUGAUAAUGGUGGUAUGUCCUUAAAAGAGUUCAAUACUGAAGAAUCUCAAAAUAGGUCAAAUGACAAUCAGAUCCCACAAAUGGUAUCAUCAGAUCCUAAUUCUAUUAUGUGGAAUGCAAGUGGUGUUGGUUCCUGGCUUGAUCCCGCGAAAAGUAUUGGUUAUAAUUCAGUCCCUUCUUUGAUCUAGCAAACACUACACAUCAUUGAGUCUUAUUUGAUCUCCCUCUUUCCUCUUUUCCUUUCUCAAUCUAGGGUAAAUUGAUGGUGAUCUAUGUUAUAUUAGCUUGCUAGCUAGGUAUUAUCUUAUUUCACUUAAUUACUUAUCUCUUUCUAGUGAUUCAUGUAAGGGCCACAAGGGAAAAUAAUUAGUUAUGGAGGUUUCGAAUGGAUGGGAGGAGAAUAGGAUCGGAGUGAUCAUGUCAGCUGCAGAAGAUGACUUCAGCCUUAUAGUUUUACAAUGCAAGGUUGAAGAAUUUCAUUUUUGCUCUGAGAGGAACCUCGGAUCCUCUUCUGUCUCAUCAACAACAAAAUAUCCAUGUCCAAGAAUUCGGAUGCAAGAUCCUGCAGAUCAAUAUAGUGAGUUGAUUCAAUUCUAUCUUUUUAAUUUGUGUAUAUAUUGUGCAUGGCAUGCACUCAUUUCGUGUGCAUUUCCAGCACUUGUAUUAUUAGGACAACAUGUUAAGGUUUUCUACUUUUCUUGGUCUAGAACUAAAACUAAGGGUUGGGAGUACAUUAAUUGGUAUAGAAGAGAGGGGAAUUUGUAAGUUCAUAAAAUGUGGAUUCUUACUGUUUAUUAAUUGGUUGCUCUUGGUAUA